CUAAUUUUACAUACACCGACAAAUAAAGCGCUAAAAUGACACUGAUGAUCUUGCACAAUAAAUUGUAAUAAAACUUUGAUUUUCAAGACAAUUUGAUAGUAACGUGCACGGUUUCUGGACAUACAUAUUUCAUAAUGUCUGAACAGAUGUUGUUUGGCGGGGCAUUCUCUGUUGUUCUUCCAGACAACAGAAAUGAUUUAAGUGCAGUUAGACAGAUUCCUGACAACCAGGAAGUGUUUGCACAUCCACACACAGACCAGAGCAUCAUUAUUGAAUUGAUGGAAGCUGUGGAUGCACAAGAACCGGAUCAAGUUGCUAUCAAAACCCAUUUUGAUGACCUAGCUGCUGCAAAUGGUGCUGCCAGUGAUGCUAGAAUCAUCCACAUGGAACCAGUUGCAAAAGAGAACAUUACUUUAGAAGAAGCUGACAGUUGCUGGUAUAUCAUUGGAGAACAAAACAUUGCAAAGUUCAAUGAAGCAGCCAGGAACACAGUGGAGUUACAUAUGGGAUUGUUCCGAGUAGGGAAAUUCUCUACAGAUAUACUGGUCACAUUCAAUGAUCCUAUCAACAUAGAUGUAGCCAGUAGCAGUCACCAUGCUGUGCCAACAUCCGUGGUCAGAUGGAAUACGGACAACUUGCGCCAAGUUUUGACAUCUCUGAAGCUCCUUGACCCGGGAAUAUUUGGACUCUAAAACAAAUACAUGUACCAAGUAAGUCGGGGUCCACUGGGGGGUCCUAGUAACGGGAAUGUCUGCGCUGUUCAUACCAUGCCAUCCAAGUGGCAUGCAAGCCUUAAGUCUGGGUACAAAUGGUCCAAUUCCCAAGGGGUAUAGUGGGUAGGGUGGAGUUUUGGAGAACUUUAGAUAACUACAAUGUAUUUACCUUAACCUUUUGCCUGCUAGCGGCAAGUGAUUCUGCCUUUGCGACCAGUGCAGACCAAGAUCAGCCUGCACAUUCGUGCAGUCUGAUCAUGGUCUGCACUGUUUGCUAUUCAGUCAGUAAAUUUCAGUGAACACCCAUUAGAAUAAUAAGAGGUACUGCCAAAAUUGAAUGAUGGUCCAGUCCAUUUUAGAAAUUUAGCAGGCUAAGGGUUAAGGAUGAUUUAAUCUUAUUAUGAUUCAACAGCAUGAAGUGUUUUUGAAUUAACCCUUAGCCUGCUAAAUUUCCUGAAUAGACUGGUCAAUCAUUCAAUUUGGGCAAUACCAUUUAUUAUUUGAAGGGGUGUUCACUGAAAAUUUACUGACUGAAUAGCGAACAGUGCAGACCAUGAUCAGACUGCACGGAUGUGCAGGCUGAUCUUGGUCUGCACUGGUCGCAAAGGCUGAAAUAUUUGCCGCCAGCAGGCUAAAGGUUAAAAGAAAAAGAUUUGUCACCUCAAGGCUAAUUAAACCGGAUGCAGGAACUAUGAGACAGAUCAAGAGGGUUACAGGAAAUUUGUUACUUGCUUCAAAUGACAUGUCAGAUACAACCUUUGCUUUAGCCAAACUCAUUUCUUUGCCCUUAACAUUUUUUCUUUUUUUUUAUAGUAUAUUUUGUUUAAGAAAUAAUACAUCUCAUCCAGUGAUUUGUCGUUGAAUAAAUCAUUGUUUGGAGUUCAGAUGCGAAGGACUUAUAUCACGAGGGCGCAGUCCGAGUGAUAUAAUAAUACGCAUCUGAACGACAAACAAUGAUUUAUUCAAGAGCAAAUCACUAAAUGAGAUAUAUUAUUUCGAUUCUAACACGUUACCAAGGAAUUUUUAAGUACAUCCUUGACGACAUUCAUUAAAUAUUUGCCCUUUUUCAAUCGGUUUCCUUUCCAGCGCACCGCUAUGCCGUUUGACGCCAUGACGUAAUGAUUGUGACGUCAGAACAGUGAUUUGUUGUAUAAUAAUUCACUGUUCUCUGCCUUCUUUGUUUAAUAGGAAAAUAAAUCGGAUCGUGUUAGAAUAAACUGCCUGAAACAGAACUUGCUUUGUCAAUUUUUUAAAUUCCUUAUUUGCCCCUUCUAGUUCAUUUCCUAUGUAAUGACAUAUGAAGCAAACACCACAACAAACGUUAUGUUUAAUACUAGGAAUUUAGUAUUUAAAUUUUGCUAUUACUUAAUAAUGUGCAGAUAACUUAAUCUUUGGUUGUGACGACAACCUGUCUUUCAAACGGGAGUUAAACUUCACUUAGAAAAAAAAUGGUGUGAAUAAAUCAGUUUUGAAGUAAUAUUAGUAGAAUAGAGCUAAAUAGAAACAGAAAACUUUGAGAGUUUUUUUUUUUUUUUUAAAGUGUUAAGAGGUUUAUAGCUCGACUAUACGAAGUAUAAGGAGAGCUAUCCUACUCGCCCUGGCGUCGGCGUCGGCGUCUUUCCGCGUCCCCACCUUGGUUAAAGUUUUGGUGCACUUUCUCUUUUUUCAACUUAUCUCUGUAAUUACUUGAUGGAUUUGAUUCAAACUUGAAAUACUUAUUCCUCAUCAUCAUCUACAUCAUCUGACAUAAGGGCCAUAACUCUGGCACCAAUAUUUCAUGAAUUAUCCCCCCUUUUCACUUAGAUUUUCAGGUUAAAGUUUUGAUGCACUUUCACUCUAUCUCUGUUAUUACUGAAUGGAUUUGAUUCAAACUUAAAAUAGCCCGCCCGCUUAGCUCAGUAGGUAGAGCGUUGGUCUACGGAUCGCGGGGUCGUGAGUUCGAUCCUCGGGCGGGGCGUAUGUUCUCCGUGACUAUUUGAUAAACGACAUUGUGUCUGAAAUCAUUAGUCCUCCACCUCUGAUUCAUGUGGGGAAGUUGGCAGUUACUUGCGGAGAACAGGUUAGUACUGGUACAGAAUCCAGGAACACUGGUUAGGUUAACUGCCCGCCGUUACAUGACUGAAAUACUGUUGAAAAACGGCGUUAAACCCAAAACAAACAAACAAACAAACAAAUCAAACUUAAAAUAGUUGUUCAACAUCAUCACCCACAUCAUAUGACACAAGGUGCAUAACUCUGGCACCAUUUUUUCAUGAAUUAUUCCCCCUUUUUACUUAGAAUUUCAGGUUAAGUUUUGAUGCACUUUCACUCUACCUCUGUUAUUACUGAAUGGAUUUGAUUCAAACUUAAAAUAGUUGUUCAGCAUCAUCACCCACAUCAUAUGACACAAGAUGCAUAACUCUGACACAAUUUUUCAUGAAUUAUUCCCCUUUUUACUUAGAAUUUCAGGUUAAAGUUUUAUGCACUUUCACUCUAUCACUGUUAUUACUGAAUGGAUCUGAUUCAAACUUAAACAAUCGUUCAACAUCAUUACCCUUGUCAUAUGACACAAGGUGCAUAACUCUGGGACCAAUUUUUCAUGAAUUAUUUCCCUUUUUACUUAGAAUUUUAGGUUAAAGUUUUGAUGCACUUUCACUCUAUCUCUGUUAUUACUGAAUGGAUUUGAUUCAAACUUAAAAUAGUUGUUCAACAUCAUCACCCACACCAUAUGACGCAAGGUGCAUAACUCUGGCAUCAAUUUUUCAUUAAUUAUUCCCCCUUUUUACUUAGAAUUUUAGGUUAAAGUUUUGAUGCACUUUCACUCUGUCCCUGUUAUUACGGAAUGGAUUUGAUUCAAACUUAAAACAGUUGUUCAACAUCAUUACCCACACUAUAUGACACAAGCUGCAUAACUCUGGCAACAAUAUUUAAUGAAUUAUGCCCCUUUUUGCUUAGGAUAUACUUAUAUAGUGUUUUGAUACAUUUUAUCUUUACCUCUCUUAUUACUUUAAGUUGAUAUUUUUGACAUAGACUCAGGCUACUGUGCAAUAUCUUCAUCCACAAUUGGAGUCAUUAAACACUCCAGUGACAGCUCUAGUUUCCUCAGAUGUGCUCAGUUUCACUAUCCAGCAUCGAAAUAGUCGAGCGCGCUGUCUCCUGUGACAGCUCUUGUUAUUUGUUCUGUUACAAACAAACGUCAAUAUUUUAUAUACUAUUUCACCAAAGUUGUGUAAUAUAUUAAUCAGAAUCCUUAAGAAAUAUGUUACUGACUAUGUUGAAAUCUGAAAGAUGCAAUUGUUAAGAUUCUUUACUUCUUAGAAUAGCUGUUCUUAUUGGAAUUUUUUUUAUUAGCAGUUUGUAAUUUGAUCAAAUCAAAGCCUUUGUUACAAUUAUAUAUUUAUGAAUAUUUUUAGGAGAUGAAUAUAUGGAUAUAUUUUUGUACCUGUUAAAUUUGUUUCACACUAUUUUGAAAUAAAUACAAUUUUCAAAGUUAA